AUGUACCAAGGAAGAAGUAAAACUGCGACCAUAAUUUUAGAAGUUGUUGCUUCCAAAGACUUGUGGAUAUGGCAUUCUUUUUUUGGCACACCUGGUUCACUAAAUGAUACAAAUGUCCUCCAACGGUCGCCAAUGUUCGAUGAUAUUUGUGAAGGUCGAGCCCCAGAGGUGAGUUUUAAUGUGAAUGGAAAUAGAUACAAUAUAGGAUACUACCUUACAAAUGGUAUAUAUCCAAAAUGGGCAGCAUUUAUCCCAGCCAUCAAGCUUCCACAAACUGCUAAGCAAAGAUUAUUUACGAGGAAGCAAGAAAGUUAUCGCAAAGAUGUUGAGCGUGCCUUCGGAGUGUUACAAGCUCGAUUCGCAAUAAUACGACAACCAGCUCUCGCGUGGUCGACAGAAAUCCUAUGGAAAAUUAUAAUGGCAUGCAUUAUCAUGCAUAAUAUGAUUGUUGAAGAUGAGCGAGAGAACUAUUAG